GACAUAUUUCCAUACAUUCACUGCACACCAAAUUCUGCAGUGUUCUGAAUUAAUAACCAUAGCGUCGAACAGAAGCUGGGCUUGGGAAACUCUGCAGUUAAACUAGCUGCAGUCGUGUGAAUUAUUUAUCAGCUGGAGAGCUCAGCCAUGUUAGCUAACCAGGACCAUGCAACCGUGGCUGAGUUAUACGAGUUGUAGAUAGGUUAGAUUAGCUAGGUUACUAUAAGCUUGUCUGUCUUGUGUUGUGAAUGAAGAGCUUCAAUGGCUCCAAUAGAACUUUUAUGGAGCUUUCAGAGUGACACAAACUCCCUGCAGUUAGGAGUUUGCACCACUUCCUUUCUUGAGGAUGACCUUGAGGAUGAAGAGCACUGUUAAAUGGGUCACCUGCCAGAGGGGUGUAUGUAUGUAUGUGUAUAUAUAUAUAUCACCUGCAGAUGGACGGCAGCCUUCAGAGUACUAAUGGUGGCGUCAAGACAGAGUUGGACGACAUCCUGAGCCAGAUAGCUGAGCUGGAUAAAUGGAGGGAAAUAUUCAACAGGAGAGGGAUGGAAUUACAAGGCUGUUUUGGCAUGAGACCUCUUGAAAGGCUGAAAGCUGAUGACGAGACUGAGGAUGUUUCUAGGUCUCCUACCAAGACACCCCAGGCCUACAUCAGCCACCUGACAGUGCCCUACUCCAUCCCACGCUCACUUGCUGUCUCUCAGAGUCUAGGUGGACACCCCGUGUCGUUUGAACAGGCCCUGAGUCUACGAAAGAUUUUGUUUGGAAACACAUUUCACGUUUUCAACUAUGAGUGGAAGAAAUCCUGCUUUAAGUUCCGGGAGCCUUACUCAAACCUGUCAUACGCCCUGGAAGCAGAAAGAGGAGGAGCCCGUGCUAUUCAAAUGGCAGUCCAAGCCCACAUCAUCAAGUACCUGCUCUUCACACGACCAGCGGAAAGCUGCACGAUGGAGAGUUUGGGAGAGGUGGGGGAUAAAGAGCAGGAGAGGGCGUUAGCUGCUGCUUUGGCUGAUAUUUUAUGGACAGCUGGUGAGGAGCGCAGUGCCACCAUCUCCUUGGUUACGUCUGAGCGCUGUUUUACCCCCCACCUGGACUACAAACUGGACAACUUCACAGAGAGGUUGCAUUUGUUUACCUUCAAAAAGAAAGACGAUACUAGGAAAUUCAUUUAUGAACAUAUUCAGUGUUUCAAUGAGGAGGGAAGCCAUGGGGUUAUUCUCUUUCUGUAUAGCUUGAUCUUCUCCAGGUCUAUAGUUAGGAUACAAGAAGACCUGGAUAUCACCAGUACUCAUCUGUUACACUUCAGCCUGGGCAACUUCAGCUGUCGCCAGGCUCUUUUAAAUCUCCUGCUGACUGGUCGUGCGAGUCCUAACGUGUUCAAUGGGUCUUUGUUGUGUGAUGAAGAUGGAAACCCAUUGGUUCAGCCUCUUCGUGGAGUUUUGGCCCGCAGUGACGUGGGAUUCCUGCACUGGAGCCGGGAGCAAGCAGAACAUGCCAAGCUGCCUGUGGUAGGAAGCAUGCUAAAGACCCCCAAACUGCCUAUUUGGGUGUGCAACAUCAACGGUACCUAUGGCGUUCUCUUUAGUUUCAACCGGUCUCUGCUCUCAGACUGGAAAAUGGAGCAUCUCUUUCACCUUUACUUCUACAAUGGCCAACCAACUCAAGGGACUACAGCAAUCCUGACCAUAGACACACAUUCACAUCACUGGGAGUCUGGAAGCAUAGACAACCAAGGAGAUCCAGAGAAGAGAUUCCCAUCACUGGAGAUGACCAUCAGGACCAAGUGGGAGGGAGCUGCCAUUGACUGGAACGGCACUGCGCCGUUUUUCUAAAAAAUCAUUCUAAAGCUUUGUAAAACAAAUUGUUUUUUACUACAGUGAAUACCAGACUUUUAUUUUAUAAUGUAAAAGUAGGUUAAUCUGUUGAUCUUUUCAUUUCUUACCAUAGUUCUUCCUUCUUAGUUUACAAAAAGAAAGUGAGUUUUUUGUAUACAGUUUAAAAGCAGUGACAUUUGUACAUAUUUGUCAUAUUUUUGUUUACAUUUAAAUAUGUACAGGAUAAGGAUAUUAUCUUGACAUAAUUAAAUAUUGAGUAUUUAUUAAGUAUCAAGAUAUCUCACCUCUCUACCUACCUGUCUGUCGAAACCCAACACAUGCAUUAUUCAUGAUGACAUUGCACAUUAUAGUGAACUAAUUUUAAUAUAACUUUUUGGUAUGACGUCAUGUUAUCUGAGUGUGCAGAGUAAAAACUCUUCCCCACCAGGAGAAGAUCAA